CUCGUGGACUCGAGGUCUUAAGUAGCCUGCACCUGGUCUCCUCUCCCUUCCCCUGCCGUCACACUCCCCCCUCCCGCUCACUCGGUCCCUGUCCGUCUAUUCCCCAGAAAGUGCACGAACGGGAGGAGCCCCGGCGCCACACGGAACGCCAGCCCGAGCCAUGGCCGCCGGUCUCUCCGGCGCCGCGAUGACCAGCAGCUUCGCCGCCAAGAACCCCGCGCUGCUCGCCGCGGCGCGCCGCAGGGCGCCUCCCCUCGCCGGGCGCGCGCUGCCGUUCUCGCCGCUCACCACCGCCAGGGCCCCGCGCCGCCGCGGGCUCGGGACCGUCACGUGCUUCGUGCCGCAGGCCACGGAGGGCAAGACGGCCCCGGCCGCCCCCGUGCCGGUGCCGGUGCCAGUGCCUGAUACGGCGCUGGAGGAGGAGGCCAGGGCCGCGGCGGCGCGGCGCAUCGAGGAGAGGAAGGCGCGGAAGCAGUCCGAGCGGCGGACGUACCUGGUCGCCGCCGUCAUGUCCAGCCUCGGCGUCACGUCCAUGGCCGUCGCCGCCGUCUACUACCGAUUCAGCUGGCAAAUGGAGGGCGGCGAGGUGCCGGUGACCGAGAUGUUCGGCACGUUUGCGCUCUCCGUCGGAGCGGCGGUCGGGAUGGAGUUCUGGGCGCGGUGGGCGCACCGGGCGCUGUGGCACGCGUCCCUGUGGCACAUGCACGAGUCGCACCACCGGCCGCGGGAGGGGCCCUUCGAGCUCAACGACGUGUUCGCCAUCAUCAACGCCGUGCCGGCCAUCUCCCUCCUCUCCUACGGCUUCUUCCACCGCGGCUUCGUGCCCGGCCUCUGCUUCGGCGCGGGCCUCGGGAUUACGCUGUUCGGCAUGGCCUACAUGUUCGUCCACGACGGCCUGGUCCACCGCCGCUUCCCGGUCGGCCCCAUCGCCAACGUGCCCUACUUCCGGCGAGUCGCUGCCGCUCACAAGAUCCACCACAUGGACAAGUUCGAGGGCGUCCCGUAUGGGCUCUUUCUGGGACCAAAGGAGCUGGAGGAGGUUGGUGGCCUGGACGAGCUGGAGAAGGAGCUCGCGCGAAUCAGCCGGGCCAUGUGACCUCCACGGCGCCGUGGACGGAGCGCCCACCGCCGCGCGGGCUCUGCUCCGGGAUUUUUGUUUUUCUGUCGCUUCGUUGAUUCGAUUUAGGAGGGAGUCGAGGCCGACGAGAAGUUGAUUUGGUGACAGGCGCCCUGAUACACCGCGCGUAUUCUGGUUGUACGGGGCGUGGAUGCUGUGAACAUUUGUAUGGUCUGGGGAGGCACGGGUCGUACAUAGAAACUUUAGUGCCAUGAAAUUGUUUCUUCUUUUUUUCCUGCCAUUUUCACGUCGGCGUCUAUGUGGAGACGUCGCACGUUCUGGUCCCCUGUACUGUUCUUAUGGCUAGGAUCCUGUGUAUAACUUGUAGGGAAAUGUUGUGAACCACUUCAAGGAAAGCAAAAUUCGGUGGUUGGAAACAGUGCUGAAAAUUCAGAA